UAGCCUUAAGCGCAUCCUCGCCCGCCAUCUUGAAUGGCCAGACUACAGUAAAAACGUCGCCAUCCCUGCACUUCCUGUCGGGUGUGACUGAGGGAGAAAAAUACUUUCUUGUUCAUUUAGAGCUGAUGAAGCCAAAUGAUAUGACAGACGUUUCCGAACUUAUUCGAGAAACAUGGGAGGAUUUCAAGUCGCCAACAACAUCGACGUUUGCGUCAAAGAUGGGCCACUGUCGAAACACGAUCACAUAUUUAGAGGAGACCCUCGAUAUGGACCGCAGUGGCCUAACAAAAAUGAAAAAAUCAGUGAAGGCACUCUACAACACUGGAAACAUGCAUGUUAACAACGACAUGUUGCUGGCAGAAAAUUUGGAGAGGCUUGGAACACUGGCAAAAUCUCGUGAACAAGAGGCAGAGCUAAGCCAGGCGUUUAUGAAGUUCUCACAUGUAACGAAAGAAUUGGCAUCACUCAUGAAAAGCCUGUUGGAUGGCUUGAACAACAUGGUGCUGUUCCCAUUGGAUUCAUUGGUGAAAGGGGACCUCAAAGGUGCCAAAGGAGAUCUCAAAAAACCUUUUGACAAGGCAUGGAAGGACUACGAGACAAAAUUUUCCAAAAUUGAGAAAGAAAAGAAACAACAAGCAGAAAAAGCAGGAAUGAUAAGGACUGAAGUUUCAGGAGCAGAGAUUGCAGAUGAAAUGGAAAAAGAGAGAAAGAUUUUUCAACUUCAGAUGUGCGAGUACUUGAUCAAAAUUAAUGAGAUUCGGACGAAAAAAGGGUCAGAUUUGCUUCAGUGCCUGGCAGAAUACUAUAAUGCACAGGCCCAUUUUUUUAAAGAUGGCUUGAAGACUCUUGACCACUUUCGUGGUUUUGUAGAGGGUUUGUUUGGACAACUGAUCAAGAUCAAACAAAAGCAAGAAAGUGAGCGAAAACAGCUCAUUGAGCUUCGUGAUGCUCUAAAAGGUUCAAUGUCUUCAUAUAAAGAACCUGUCCAUACUAACUCCAUGCCAGCUGGCUACAGUCUACACCAACUUCAAGGCAACAAAGCUCAUGGCAAUGAAAAGAAGGGAUUUCUUCUAAAAAAGAGUGAAGGUCGUAUGCGGCGAACAUGGCAGAGACGCAGAUGUGUUAUUGUUGAGGGAUCUAUGCUUAUUUAUCAUCAGGAUGAAAGCAAAGACCCAGUAAAGCUUAAUCUUCUCACGUGCCAAGUAAAGUUAGUUCCUGAUGAGCCAGGAAAGAAAUGCUUUGAUCUUGUAUCAUCAUCAAAUAAUCGAACAUAUCAUUUCCAAGCUGAUGAUGCUAAGGAAAUGGAAGAAUGGAUAUCAGUUUUGAACAAUGCUAAAGAAGAAGUUUUAUUAAAGGCAUUCCGUGACAGCAGUGAAUCUCACACAGUCAACCAAAGUGUACGGGAAUUGACAUCAUCCAUUGUUGACCGUGUCCGCAAGCUACCGGGAAAUAAGUACUGCUGUGACUGCAAUGCAUCUGAUCCUGAAUGGUUGUCAACAAACCUUGGAGUGAUGAUUUGUCUUGAAUGUUGUGGCAUUCACAGAGAACUUGGUGUUCAUAUCUCUCGCACACAGAGUGUUGUAAUUGAUGCACUGGGAACGUCACAACUCUUGCUGGCAAGAGUUGUUGGAAAUUCUUCUUUUAAUGACAUUAUGGAAGCUACACUUGACCACAGAAAUAAGCCUAACCCUACCAGCCCCAUGGAGGAGCGCCGAGAUUUCAUUCGAGCCAAGUAUGAACAGCACAAGUAUGCAAUUUUAACUUGUACGGAUAAGGAGGACCUUAAGCAAGAUUUGAAGCAAGCAGUCCUGUCUAAAGACUUAUUAGCUCUUCUUCAAGUCUAUGCAGAAGGGCUUGACCUGGGUACCAGUCUUCCUGAUACAGAGGGUGCUGAGACAGCCCUUCAUCUUGCCAUAUUAGAGGAUGAUGGUACCUCUCUUCCCCUUGUGGAUUUUCUUAUCCAGAACAGUUCAAUAGGGAGCUUAGACAAAAAGACCCAAGAUGGAGAUACAGCGCUUCACCUUUGUGCCCAUUACAACAAGACAGAAUGCAUGAAGCUUCUGCUGAGAACAAGACCUGAUCUUGCAAACAUUCAGAACAAAUGUGGAAAGACUCCUCUUGAGAUUGCCAUGGAAUGCAAUCACCAGUUGUGUGCAGAGCUUCUUAGGAGUGCAAUGGCAGGAAAGAAGGAUUUAUUUGUCCACGUCAACAUAGACUGGGAUCUUGUGUCUGAGGAAAGAAUAUAUGACUACAAUGAUCUCAGUGAUGAUGAGCUUGAAGGCACACCUGAUAAAGCAAGGUCAAGAUCACGACCCUCAAGCCUCAUUGUCAUACCCCCUACAGAAUCUCCUGCGCAUGUUCAGAAAACAGGUAGUAGAGAAGGAGAGCGCUUAGAUGACAAUGUGCGAUUGCCUCCACAACCUCCUCCCAUCACCAGCAAACCAAAAAAGCACAUAUCCGUAGGUAGUAAAUUCCGACACAGUAGUAACAAGCUGAACAAAACAGAUAACUUCUUAACUGUUCCAGGAUUCAAUGCCCCAACAAAUACAUCUUGGGUGGGCCAAAAUGGUAGAAAUAGUCCUGUCCAGACAGGCAGCCUAAGUACUGUAGUACCGACAACUGCUGGCACUACAGUUGGUAGUGGACUACUUAACCUUACAGCAGGAGUCAAAUGUCAGGAAUCAGGUGCACCACCUUUACCUGCAAAACCCACCCUUCCACCUUUACCUCCACGAGGGAAAAAACCUCCCCCUCCACCACCGCCACCUCCUCCUCCUACAACUGUGCUUGCAGGUGGUCAGGGGCAUGUCAGGAAUAAAUCUGAACCAGAUGCUUCACAUCUUAUGCACAAGAGGACAGGAUCUGAACCCCCACCACGCCCUAGCCUAACAGAGUUCCGAAACACCAUAAGCAUCAUGCCUACAGGCUCAUUGGUUGGAAUUGCAGACCAAGGGAAAGGAACAGGAAGACCCUCCCUUGGCCGAUCUACUUCUACACAAGAGGAGAGACCAAGAUCAGACUCACAGCCAGAAAUUUCACAUAGAGAUCCUGUACCUUUACCAGCUUUGCGGGCUCGGCUUAAGCGAGGUCAGCAUCGUCGAUGUAGGGCAUUGUAUGACUGUGAUGCCGACAAUGAUGAUGAACUGACCUUCAGAGAAGGGGAGGUCAUCGUUAUCUUGGAGGAGGUGGAAGAGGAGUGGUGGGAAGGUGAGAUAGAAAAUAACCCGAAGAGACGUGGGCUUUUUCCAACAAGUUUUGUGGAAAUGAUGUCAGACUGACGAUUACAGCAUGCUGUGAGCGGUCACAAGGGUAAUACUUAUACUUGCUGGACAAAGUGUGCCAAGUUCACUGUCUCACAAAUAACAGUUCUACAUGUUGGACAUUGUGUUGGAAGUACAACUUUAUUUUCUAGUCGGAGUUUACCAGACUACAAAGCUCAAGUACACAACAAUCAGUCAAAAUGCUCAUUUUCUCAGAAAGAGUGCUUGUGAAAUAUGUUGCUUUCAAAUGCCUGUUGAGAUUCUGCAAUGUAUAAACAAGAACGCCAAAUGUCUAAGUUUAUAUAAGCAGGGUGGGGUUGAUUCUAUUUUGUUUUUUUGGAGUGAGAUAUUUGGAAUGAAAAAUGAAAUGUGAAAUGUUUGAUUGCUAUAAUGUUUGAAUUAAAUUCCUAGUCUGAACUAAACGUGGAUCAGAGACAGACCAAAACUCAGUAAUCUUUCUUUAGGGAGUGGCUUGCAAUUAAAACUGUUAAAUUAUAUAUUGUUUAUGUUUUCCUUUUGAAAACAUUGUUAACUAAAGUAGUGGCUUUAUGACUCCAUAAAUGAAUUGGUUCAUUUCGCAAACAUAGAUUUCAGAAAGAUUAAACAUUCUUUAAAAAGUACCGUCCAUGAACUCUUUUUCUGCUUCUUUUCUCUCUUGAGUCUCAUUGCUGAAAUUUUGGAAAAGAAGAGCUCCAUAUUUCACCAUUGUGUCAUAUUAAACAUCCAAAACAAAUUCAAGCUUGUUGAGCAAUAAAACAUAGUACUUAGCAAUCUGUAUAACUGUGUUCAGAGGUCAGGCUGGUUCAUUUUGGUCAAUUUUAAGCCUGAUUGUAUGUCCAUUUCUGAAGCACCAUGUAAUUUGGCUAGCAUGAAUGUCCGCUUAUUGCUCUUGCUUUUUAUACCAGUGUGUCAGAUAAGCAAGAUACAAGUAAACUUGGCCAUGUCAUUCCUCUCUGUCUGCCCAUUUGUGCUUCUAUUCAGUAAAAGUUGCCCGUGCUCUGCUUUAAUUUCUUUGAAGGUAAUUGUCCUGCCUAUUACUCUGAACUUUUCUUUCUCUAUGACCCAUACAAUACCCUUCCCACUUCAUCUGAUCACUGCCCCCUAUCACUUCUGUCUCCAAAAUAAUAAUGUAUGGCUACUGGAUUUUCCGCUGUGGUGCAGCAGAACAGUGGAACUUGUUUCCCAUUGAUAUUUGGUACUUACCAACUAUUGAGUCUUGUAAAUGUGCAUUAAGAAACAUCUUUUCCAUGGGCACUACUACUAAACACAAUCCACUUCUUACCUAUCCCCCCAUCUCUCCACCCUUUUUUAUCUCUUGAUUAGUCUGUCCUAUUAAUAUCCCUUUGUUGAUUACCUCAUAACUGUCUGUUUCUUUACUGUAUUUUGUACUUCGUCCUCAUCAUUUCCCUUCUUUCUGUUCCAUCGUACUACAUAUUAAUCUAGUUUUUGUGUCAGGCACAUGCACCUGAGUGUGAUUCUGCUCUGUUUUAUAUUUAUUAUCAUUAUUAAAUACUAUAUCCAGGUUGCUGAGAAGGAGAAAUUUGCACAAUGUAUGUAAUAUUAUUACAUCCCAUUUAAUUUUCAUUCACAACUUGGGUUACAAAAAGCCAAGCUUUAUAAAACUGUUAAAGGUCGAGUUGAUUCUUGUAGAAAUGUAAAAAAUAUAUAUAUAUAUCCUUUUCCCUUUAAUAUAAUCUGUUCUGAUAAGUGAAAGUUUGAGAAUUAGAAUUUCCGUCUGAAUGAGCCACAAUUUGAGGUCCUCUGUUUGCAGUUUGCAAUAGUCAUGUACAUGCUUCACCCCACACCCCAAAAAAGUAAAUGACAGAUGGUGAAGCUGUGAAGUCAUAUCUGUUUUCACCAUAAUAACCGAGUAAACGUUUCAAUUAUAUUUGUCAGAAAAUCCAUUGACUAUAGGCAGACUUAUUAUCAGGAAGGACAAUUUGGCUUCCAUAUUUAGUAAACAUUUUCUUGUAAUGUUGAAACUGAAUGAAAUUGUGAAUCCAGAGGCGUAAUCAUAUAGCAUGUUAUAAUUAAAAUAAAAUUAAAAUUUAGAAUGAGAGUGAGUAAAUCAGUCAUUUUGUAACUCUAGAUGGAGAUAGUAUUGUGGAAUUAUGUUGUUUUGUAGACCACAUGAUUUCUUCCAAACACAUCUCAGCUGCUAGAAAUUCUUUGAAAGACCAAAAAAUGAAAGUACUUUGAUAAAAGCUUUGUCAUUUUGUCAAUUACACGAAUCAGUAUACCGCACUGUGCUGUGAUCCAAGCCUGACUGUAAAUAAGUGCUAAGGAAGCAUUUUCUGUAUUUCAUUAUACACUUUUCAGACUCCAAAAGUAGGUAUGUCUGAAAUGUUUGCUGUUAAAGAUUGCCAUGAUUGCAUGAUGCUGAUAUAUCCUUGUUGUUUUGAUGGCAGACUUUCAGCUCCUAGUACUGUUGCUAUUGCUUUCUUGACAAGGACAAGUAGUCAUGCUAAAAGACUAUUUUAGUACUUAGUCAAUAGCUUGUAAUAAAAUUACAGUUCAUAUGUAUAAAUGCAAAAGUUAUUUGGCAUUAUGCAAGCAUAAAUUAUAUAAAAUUAUACCUAGAGCAUGUAUUCCCAUGCUCAGUGCACAUGUACAUUCACACACACUCUUUUUCUCUCUCGAACGAGGUUCAAAGGCAGUGGGUUAGAUCACUCAGUUACUGAUAUAGUCUCUUCAAAAGUAGUAUGCUGUGUGCCUGUGUAACAUAUUACAUUGUGCAGUCUGUGCCUACAGGGCAUGACUACUUGUUUUCUAAUUAUUCAAGCAGUUAGUUGAAACCUCCAAGACUGAUAUAGGUAUGCUUAGACUGGUAGGGAUAAACUGACAUUUUUCGAAAAAUAGAGGUAUUGUUCAGGGAAAAUGCCUUUACAACUGCAUGUGCAUAGAAUGCAGGAAUGAUUCAUUGUUAUUUGUUGUGCAUGUAAAAUGAAUGAAUGAUUUUUCUUUUGUGUGCAUGUAGAUAAUAGAUUAAAACUGAGCAGCUUGCCUAUAUAAACUUUUUAAAAUAUGUAAAUGAUCAUUAUAUUACAUUGCUGUGAGUUAUGGUGCAGCAUAAUGUAUUCCAUGCCACAUCCCACAGAUCUAAUUCAUAUGCAUAAUACAAUGUUUGCUUCCUAUUCUAUGAAUGUCCAAUGACUCAGGACCCCAUAUUCUUGGACCUCUACACCCAUCCAGCCUUUUUGCAAAAUAUGGUUUGUCUGCAAAGUAUCUUUUUUUUGUUUUUUGACAGUUUAUCUUGCUACAUCAAGAAGAAUGCAGCAGUAAAAAAAAAGAAAAAAAUUAGAAUUGGUAAACUAAUCUAAAUUGCUAUGUAUGGGUGAAGUAGUCUGCAGUAAUCAUAUUGAUGAGGUGUUAUGUAAUGCAUUUAUUGAAGUCUUUCUGGACUCGAGUCUCAUUGUUUCUCUUUUUAUUACCCAUGUUUAAAACAGUAUCACUCCAAACUCUCCAUCCUCUGACUUGCUUAUGGGAAGAGAAUUUGUAAUAACACAUAAUACAUCUUUAUUGUCUAUUUCUCUCCAUAGCAAAUCAAAACAAUUUUUAGGGGGAAGAGAGGGCUCCCAUAAGUAAUAAACUAAAAAAACAUUCCAGUGGAAGAAAGUAUCUAUAUAUUCCUCUUUACUGUAUACUGUCUUUUCCAGGUAUUUUUCUUUCAUCUUUGUACCUUAGUAUGUAGUGGGUACCAUAUAAAGGGUAUAUAUUGACUGCAUCGUGUAAAACAGGUUUCUGAUACUUUGUGUGAAAUCUGUAUGGUUGAGAAAUUUUUACAUAGAGCAUGCACAUUAUAUUUUGUAUUUGGGAAUUUGCAUA